GUGCGUGGAAAUGCCCAGCAGCGCCGUCCCUAAAAUCGAAGCAUAAAGCCCACAAAUUGUGUUCAAAGGGGGAGUAUAUAGUCGAAAAGAUAUUAAAUAGUCUUGUCCAAAAGCUUGCGAACUCAUAUCCGAAUUCCGAGUCGACUCAGGAAUGGCAACUGGAACAGCACCACCAAGAGGAAGUGCAGCAGCAGCUGCAAACAUGCGGAGGAGGAGAACGACAAGUGGUGCAGGUGCCUCGGGAGGAGCUGCUGGCACAAUGCUUCAGUUUUACACAGAUGAUGCCCCAGGGCUGAAGAUCUCUCCAAAUGUGGUGCUUGUCAUGAGCAUUGGUUUCAUUGCAUUUGUUGCCAUUCUCCAUGUCAUGGGCAAGUUGUAUUUUGUUCGUAAGGAGUAGGGAGGGGCUUUCCUCAAUACCUGUAUUAACAAGUACCAAACAAAGAUCAAUGUUGUAGUUUUCAGUUUUGCUUAAUAAAUGGAUUUUGAUUUGAUUUCUCCAA